CCAUCUACUCCGUCCGUGUCUUGGCAAAAGCGGACGGAGUAAGCGAUCAAGUCCGUACUGAUAUGAGCACUUUGAUGUGCCUAUAUACCGGUGCCUAGAAAGUCUGAAGAUGCUUUUAACGCUCAAGACGACUCUCCUGCAUCUUCCGAUUGCGUCUAGUUCACCUCCCGAUUGCCCUUCAUACGAACCGACGACUUGGAUGCACCAUUGCACAGCAAACCUCCUUACUACUCGCCGAACCCAUUUCGCGAUUCCUCAAGCAUGUCUAAUGGUAUGGAACAUCCGUUCGACGACUGCAAGAUCGGCACCUGUCCCAUGAGCGAAGCAAAUUUCACAUACAUUCCGGAUUUGGCUGGCAAUGUUGCCUAUCUCACGAUCUUCGCUGUGAUCCUGGUCCCGCAAUUGUACUUUGGCAUCCGGUACAAGACAUGGGGAUACUUUGUCGGCAUGGUCGGUGGCAUCGUCCUCGAGAUCAUCGGAUAUGUGGGAAGGGUGCAAUUGCAUUUCAACCCGUUCCCGUUCGAUCCCUUCUUGUUGUACCUCAUCUGCCUUACCAUCGGACCAGCUUUCCUCUCUGCAGCAAUCUACCUCUGCUUGGGCCGCAUCGUAGUCGUGUAUGGCGAAGGCAUCUCUCGCGUUCAGCCUCGUGCCUACAGUAUCCUCUUCAUCAGCUGCGACUUCUUAUCACUGGUACUCCAAGCUGCCGGCGGAGCUUUGGCGGCGACGGGCGAUACCCCGGCUGAUGGUCAAACCGGUGUCAACAUCAUGAUCGCCGGUCUCUCCACCCAAGUCGUCUCACUUCUUCUGUUCAUAAUUCUCGGCGCCGAAUUUGCCUGGCGUGUACGGAAACAUCCCGACCAGCUCGACGAACGGUUCAAGUCUCUCCGCAACACGAAGUUGUGGACGAUGUUUCUCGUUGGUCUCGCAGUGGCUACUGUUACGAUCUUUAUCCGUUGUGUAUUCCGAGUUGCCGAGCUCAGUUCCGGUUUCCAUGGAGAGCUUUUCAACGAUGAGGCGGCUUUCAUGGUGCUCGAAGGGCCGAUGAUCAUAAUUGCUUGCAUCUGUCUGACCAUCUUCCAUCCGGGACUGAUCUUCAGAAAUACUCUGGCAGACACGAACUGGAGCCUACGACGGAAGAAGCAGGCUUGCUAUGCACACCGAAGGCUUGACCCCGUGGAGCUGACUAGCGAUGUCGGCGUGAGCGAGGAUAAGGCGUCGCACUGACGUCGCAGCGUCGCUCGGUAGCAUGUUUG